GGAUUUUAUGUUUCAGCAGACAAUGUUAAGAGUAAAGGAUCCUAAGAAGUCACUAGAUUUUUAUACAAGAGUUCUUGGAAUGACACUGCUUCAAAAAUUUGACUUUCCUACUAUGAAGUUCUCGCUCUAUUUCCUGGCGUAUGAAGAUAAAAAUGAUAUCCCGAAAGAUAAAACUGAGAGAACAGCUUGGACCUUCUCCAGAAAAGCUACACUUGAACUGACACACAACUGGGGCACUGAAAAUGAUGAAAAUCAGUCUUACCACAAUGGCAAUUCAGAUCCCCGAGGAUUUGGGCACAUUGGAAUUGCUGUCCCUGAUGUCAAUAAAGCUUGUAAGAGGUUUGAAGAACUAGGAGUGAAAUUUGUGAAGAAACCAGAUGAUGGUAAAAUGAAAGGACUUGCAUUUGUUCAGGAUCCUGAUGGCUACUGGAUUGAAAUUUUGAAUCCUAACCAUAUGGUGACUCUCACUUAGUUCUAAUGAAGUCUAUUAUAUAGGAGAUGCAUACUUGCAGUCCCCUGGAGAAAAUCUGUAACAGUGUUAGUGAAAUUCUCACUUAAUGGAGAGGAAUCAGUCAUGUUCAGUCGCCUUUAAAACUGUCCCCUGGAACCUCAAUGUACUGAAUUCCUUUUUGUUGUCCUGUAAUGCCACUGCAAUUUGCUUCCAAUUAGGAAUACUCAACCAUCUUUUGGAAGAGCGCGUACACAGAUCCUCCUCUAGAACACCGAUUAUGUUAAUAUUUCAAUAAACACUCUCAAAAGAUA